AUGCGUGUCCCUGGUAGUCUACAGAGGGCUAGGCUACGGCGCAGACUCAAGACAACACCUUCCUUCGACGCUUCGCUUUCUCAGUUGACGCGACGGCGACGGUUUCUGACGUGAAGCAAAUAUACACUAGCAGCAUUGGCCUAGAUAAUAUCUUCUUCGCAUGACAGCGACCCGACACGGACCAACUAUUUGCAACGCUGCAAAGUGCGCAUUUGCUGUCACAUUCUGACGGAUCGUAACGUCAGGACGGUGCAUUACAAACCACCCGGGGUUGGUGUGCGUCCCCACAAAAAACAAGAGGACGACAUGUACAGGCCUAAUCUUUAAACGUCUCGGGCAUAUCCGUUACCGAGAUGAAUUUGACACUGGAUUAAGGUUUCGGUUCUGGCAGUUUGCCGCGCUCCGUUCUAAAGCACCGAAAGAACGAAAGGCUUUCUGUCUUUACUACAGUGUUAGGUUACCGUCGCUUCCUGGUUUCUUGACGGAUAAAUAAACAACUAUUUACAACCAAUUGCGGGAUAAAAACGGGUGUUAAAACUUUGAGAUGAUGUGUAACAUGUAUAGCAUGACCGCGAAUGGGAGCGCGUCGUGAGGUCCACCGUUCGAUUGUUUUUAAUCUGCACAUCUGUCUGUCCUUCUCCCGAGAGAUUUACUCACUGAGUAGCCUGAAUAUUACAACAACAACACAUCUAUCCUGAUUUGGACAUCGGACGCCGAUGACUCUAUAGGCUAUUCCACCGGGAUCUAACCGACGCAGCCAACCGUCACCACGCAUGGGUCCGCCGGGGGCUCGGAUCCCCCGGGGCUGGAGGACCCAGGCCCGCUGCCAGGAGGAUGGCGACCCGGAGAGGGAGAAGCGAUGGGUGGAACUGUUCGACGAACUGGACUUGAACAGUGAUGGAGUCAUCGAUAUCCACGAGCUCCGGGUGGGAUUGGCGAAACGUGGGCUCUCCCGCCGCGCGGUGGACCGGCAGAUUGUCAAGGAGGGGGACAGCAACAAUGAUGGAGAGUUGGACUUCCAGGAGUUCCGGCAGUACCUCCGCUCCCACGAGGAAGAGCUCCGACUCAUGUUCCUCAGCCUGGACCGCAACAAUGACGGUGAGAUAGAUGUAUCAGAGAUUCAGCAGUCCCUUCAAACUCUGGGAAUAGCUGUGAGUCUGAAGGAGGCUGGCACGAUCAUGAAGAGUAUCGACAGGGAUGGUAACAUGACCAUCGACUGGGAUGAGUGGCGAGAUCACUUCCUGUUCAACCCCAUACACAGUCUGGAAGACAUCUCUCGCUACUGGAAACACUCUCAUAUGCUGGACAUAGGAGACAACCUGACCUGUCCUGAUGAGUUCUCCGAGCAGGAGAAGAAGUCAGGGUUCGUCUGGAGACAGCUGAUGGCUGGAGCUAUGGCAGGAUCAGUCUCCCGGACCGGCACCGCCCCACUGGACCGCCUUAAAGUCUUCCUGCAGGUGCAUGGCUCGACCCCGGGGAACCCUGCAGGGGCCCUUGGGGUGGGGAACAUGGUCAGUGGGCUGAGGGCCAUGGUGAAGGAGGGGGGAUUCAGUUCCCUGUGGAGGGGCAACGGGGUCAACGUCAUGAAGAUCGCCCCCGAGACCGCCAUCAAGUUCUGGGCCUACGAACAGAUUAAGAGGUGGAUGCGUGGCAGUAAGGAGAGGGGACCUCUGAGGGUUCAUGAGAGGUUUGUAGCUGGGUCGUUAGCAGGAGCUACUGCUCAGACAGCCAUCUACCCUAUGGAGGUCCUGAAGACUCGUCUGACCCUGGGGAAGACAGGCCAGUACACCAGUGUGUUAGACUGUGCCAGACAGAUCCUCCACAGGGAGGGCAUCAUGGCCUUCUAUAAAGGAUAUGUACCCAACAUCAUAGGCAUCAUACCCUACGCUGGCAUUGACCUCGCUGUCUACGAGACUAUGAAGAAUGCGUGGUUAGCGAGGCACACAGAUUCAGCAGACCCAGGUGUUGUGGUGUUGGUGGGGUGUGGAACCAUGUCCAGUACCUGUGGUCAGCUAGCCAGUUACCCUCUGGCUCUGGUCAGAACACGCAUGCAGGCACAGGCCUCUGUGAAGGGUGGCCCUCAGCUCUCCAUGCUAGGUCUGUUCCAGAACAUUGUGACCCAGGAGGGCGUGGCUGGCCUCUACCGCGGCAUCGCCCCCAACUUCCUGAAAGUCAUCCCCGCCGUCAGCAUCUCCUACGUAGUCUAUGAACACAUGAGGUGGAGAAUAGAGAAAUCUCUGGGAUAGGAUGACACCAUCUCCAUGUUGUGUGGUUGGUUGGUCCUGAAGAAGGAAGGGAUACGCCACUGGAACCUUGGAACCACCAUGACUUCUAGAACUGUUCAUAUUGGAACCACCAGGACUUCUAGAACUUUUCAUAUUGGAACCACCAGGACUUCUAGAACUGUUCAUAUUGGAACCACCAGGACUUCUAGAACUGUUCAUAUUGGAACCACCAGGACUUCUAGAACUUUUCAUAUUGGAACCACCAGGACUUCUAGAACUGUUCAUAUUGGAACCACCAGGACUUCUAGAACUUUUCAUAUUGGAACCACCAGGACUUCUAGAACUGUUCAUAUUGGAACCACCAGUACUUCUAGAACUUUUCAUAUUGGAACCACCAGGACUUCUAGAACUUUUCAUAUUGGAACCACCAGGACUUCUAGAACUGUUCAUAUUGGAACCAGCAGGACUUCUAGAACUUUUCAUAUUGGAACCACCAGGACUUCUAGAACUUUUCAUAUUGGAACCAGGGUGACUUGAGAACUUUUCACAAUGAAAGGACCAGUAGCAAUCUACAUGCCAUGACUCAUCGUAGGUGGAAGAAGAGGAUGAGGAAGAGGAGAAGAUGAGGUGUUGAAGUCUUUCUUUCGAUGAUCUGAAAAGAUUGGGAUGUGCUUGUGGACACAGGAUUUAAAUAAACCUCUACCUACGAGAGAAUUUUAAAUUAUAAUGCUGUGAGGACAUUUUAGACAGCCGGAUGAGAAACAAGCACAUUAAACCUUGUACUGUAUUUAGGGUUGCAAAAUUUCAGGAACUUUCCCCAAAUUCCCUGAUUUUCCAGAAAUCCUGGUUGGAAUUUUUCUUGAAUCAGACAGAAAUAAGCACAAAAUCCAUAAUCCUCCAACCUGGGAAUUUGGGGGAAAAUGACUGGAUUUUGCAACCCGAUAUUGAAACGUGAUUUUUUUUCUGAAUCCCAGUUACUGUGGUACGUUUCAACAAAGAGUUUUAUCAAGAGUUUUAUCAAAGUACGUAAAUAGUUAGAGAUGCAUGGUUUAAUCAAGUACUAAAGCCAAUAGAACACAGACACGCGCUGAUGUCAUCACGAUGAUGAUACGACUCAGAGGUGGUCCCCCUUUUACGUGUGUGUCAGUGUGUGUGUGUGUGUGUGUGUGUGUGUCAGUGUGUGUGUGUACAGCGAGUAAGUGUGAUUUUUGUCUCACAAAAAAUAUGAUAAAACUCCAGAAUGCCAAAUCAA